AGGGCUGCACUCCGGCCGCCAUUUUGAGUUUAUAUGCGGGAAGUCGUGUCGCUUUAUUUCAACUCCGUUAUUAGAUUUUUUGAGUAUUUGGCGGAAUCCUGGUUACAGCCUACGGACAUCAGAGAUGCAGUCGAAUCAAAUUAACCGGAAUUUAAAGCAAGUGAAAUUGGAGAACAGUCGUAUUUCCCCAGUAAAAAGAGACUAUGACACUGCGGAUCUUGAAGAAAUCGUGACAGGCGGAGAAGGUGAACCACUUACAGUGGAUAUUAAAAAUUUUCGCAGGCCAGGAGAAAAGACCUACACUCAAAGGUGCAGACUCUUCGUUGGUAAUUUACCCACUGAUAUAAAGGAAGAGGAUUUCAAGAAAUUAUUCUGGAAGUAUGGGGACCCUUCCGAGGUUUUUAUCAACCGGGAUCGCGGAUUUGGAUUUAUUCGGUUGGAAACCAGGACGUUGGCUGAAAUAGCAAAGGCUGAACUUGAUGGUACAAUGCUGAGGAAUCGACCUCUACGUAUUCGCUUUGCUACUCAUGGAGCGGCUUUGACUGUGCGGAAUCUUUCUCCAGUUGUUUCUAAUGAGUUGUUGGAACAGGCUUUUUCUCAGUUUGGACCUGUAGAAAGAGCAGUAGUUGUUGUUGAUGACCGUGGAAAGCCUACAGGGAAAGGUUAUGUGGAAUUUGCAGCAAAACCUCCUGCUCGUAAAGCACUGGAACGAUGUGCAGAUGGAGCAUUUUUAUUGACAUCUUCCCCACAUCCUGUUAUUGUGGAGCCCAUGGAGCAGUGUGAUGAUGAAGAUGGAUUUCCUGAGAAAUUGCUGCAAAAGAACACACAAUACCAUAAGGAACGGGAGCAGCCACCACGUUUUGCUCAACCUGGGACAUUUGAGUUCGAAUAUGCAUCUCGCUGGAAAGCUCUUGAUGAAAUGGAAAAACAACAACGGGAGCAAGUUGACAGAAAUAUACGAGAAGCAAAACAAAAAUUGGAGGCAGAAAUGGAAGCUGCUCGUCAUGAACAUCAGCUUAUGCUUAUGAGACAAGAUUUGUUGAGGCGUCAGGAGGAGUUAAGGCGUUUGGAAGAAAUGAGAAAUCAAGAGCUGCAGAAAAGAAAACAAAUUGAAAUGAGGCAUGAAGAGGAACGUCGGCGUCGAGAGGAGGAGAUGAUGCGCCAGCGAGAGCAGGAUGAAUUGCGAAGGCAGCAAGAAGGAUUCAAAUCCAACUACAUGGAUAAUAGAGAACAGGAUAUGAGGAUGGGUGAUAUGGGUCCACGUGGAGGAAUUGGCAUGGGAGAUGCGUAUAGCCCAGCUCCUGCUGGCAGUCAAGGGCCUGCUCCACUUAUGGGUAUGAACAUGAACAACCGUGGACCUAUGCCUGGUACUGCAAUGGGACCUGUCCCAGCCAUUGGGCCAGAAGGAGCUGCAAGUAUGGGAACACCCAUGCUGGGAGACAACGGUGGAACAAUGCGCAAUGAUAGAUUUCCUCAAGGAGCUCCUAGUCAAUUAGGUUCUCCUCCUAUGGUUAAUAGGGGAAGCUUAAGCGGAACGCCUGCACCUGAGGCUGCUCCUCAACAACCCAUGGCAGGUGUGGGUGCUGUAAGUGCUGCACCUGGUGGCUUUGGUAGAGGAAAUCAAGUUGGUAACUUUGAUGGAGCUAAUAAACGUCGCAGAUAUUAGACAUUUUGAACUGUAACAAACGUCAUUCCUUUCUGUGACAGUUUAAGAUAUACGGAUAUCUAGUGAUUUAAAACUAUCAGUUGAGUUUUAUCUACUGUUAUUUGACUUUUUUAAUGUGAUGUAAAUCUUUGGAUUUUGUUUCCUUAUAUAUUUUUGUUUGACUCUAUACUGAAGUCUAAAAUGCUUCAGGCUUUAUCUCAUAGAACAACAACCACAUAAAACAUUGCUUUAGCAAGUUGGGCUUACAUUUUGUGUCUGCAGUAUUAGACAUCUUUAUAAUGUGACCAUGCUGUAAAAUCCAUGGAACAAUAAAUAAAACAAAUAAACUAUUUCUUUUGUUAAAAUAAUUGAACACUAGCUAACAUGUACUAAGCGAUGCACAAUCUGUAAUGUGCAUAAUUUUUAAAUUGAUGCAAUUUAUUUGUCUUGUGUUUUCUAAAUUCCUGAUGAUACAGAUUAUCCCAUCCCAUGACUAUGUUUCACAGAUCAUUUUUCAAGUUCAAGUUGCAAAUUGCUAUAUCCUAUCCACAUGAAUUUAUAAUUACUUGGGAACAAUUUUAAAAUAUGUUCUUAAUUUCUCUAGUAUUCCUGUCUCCCUUCUCUUUCUGCUGACCCAAGCAAAUAAUUAGAUCAUUUUGGAUUAUUCUGUCGAGUUGAGUUUGCUAUUUUAGUUUAAAGUUGCUAUAUUAGUUAAAAGUCACUACUAUGAAAUCUUGUGCAGUAUUGGUCAUGUUGACAUAACACUGCAGAUACUUUCAAAAUAGAUUAGCAACAUCCAUUUAAAAAAACUAUUGCCAUAGCAAUUUUCUUUCAUUUGAGGUUUAUGCAACCUUAAACUCCCAAAUUUUGUAAAGCAAAAGUAUACUUCUGAAGAAUUGACUUGUAUUGUCAAUUUACUAUACAAAAGUUGAGAAUAUUUAAAUCAUUCUGUUUAACUGGAUGAAUUGUUUAAUUUGACAUUCCCAGCAUACUUCUAAACAGAGGCCCUGUUUUAAAUCAGUUUAGAAACGAUUGUUUAAGUAUGAGGCUUCAAAAGUAAAAGUUUCUUCACGUUGCUUGAACUUGUUCUUCUGUAGCAUAAAAGAUUAUUUAAAAUACUUAGAGUGUAGGAUUAUCAUUGUUAAGGAUUUUUUUUUGUAUCUCAUUAGUGUUAACCAGUAGUUUCAUAUUUACAUGUAGCCGAGUGGAAAUCUUAACGUUUUAUUUCAAAUAAUAUUUUGGGUCGGACUGAAAUAAUCAUAUUAAUUUUGCUGAAAUUGAACUGUGUUGAUAUUCAAUUGAUAAUGAGCUUUUGAUUCCCUCUAACUGCUCUGCAGUGAAAAGUAAUAUUUUGCAUCUUUGUUACCUGUAUUUCCCACAUUGUCUGAUUAGCAAAUUGAAAUUAGUGUUAUUAGUUGUCCUUCUAUCAUAGUACAUUUGGUAUUUUGAUAGAGCUUCACUAUUUUAGGUUUGAAAAGACCUUUUAAAUGGUUGGGAGAUAGUUAAGUCUUUUUGAAGACACCUCAAUCUUUAUAUGGUGCUUGCUUUUCCCUGAGAUGAAUUGUCAAAAGAAAAGGACAGCUAGAAAAUUGCUUCCCGACUCUCAAAGGCAGUAGAGCAAACUCCUAGAGACUUGUGUGUGUUCUGCACAUUUAAUUGUCCCUACAGAUAACUUAUAGGAUAAUGGAAAUAUCCAAUCCUUUGAAAACUGAUUUGAAUGACUGAAAUUCUUUAUUUUACACUUAUGUUGGGAAUCUAUUCUGGCAUCUAACUGGAACCUUAAGUGGAUUUUUUUCAUGAUGUAUUCUCUCCAGCCAUCAUCUUUAUCAGUGUAGAUAAUCUAAAUUAAAACUUGAGUCAGGAUCUGGCUUUCAAAUAUUCAAAAUACAAAGUACAUUUAUUAUCGAUGUAUACAACCCUGAGGUUCAUCCUCUGCAGACAGCACUUCUCAGCAAAUAACUUUGUGCAUCAUUUAUAUACUGAAGGUUUAUUGGUCUACCAGCCUUUUGCUGCUCCACCUUAACUUUUGGUAUUCCUCAAGGUUCAGAAUGCACUACUAAGUGUGAGUUUUAUUUGCUAUGCAUAGUCCAUUCUGAAAAUGAGUUUUCCAUGUUGCAGAGUAUAUUUAAGAGACAUAUUGGCAAGAUUAUAAAUGUUCAGUUUCACUGUCACCAGUGUUUUUAUCCUAAAUUAUUUGAAUUGAAUUGUCCCAGUGGUUUGAUGGAAUUCAGACUUCUGUAUCAGAUUGAUGAACCUUGCUUUUGAAUUUGAGACCUUUUUAACUGCUGCUUCCAUUAUUUCUGUUACCUUUCAUAUUGCUGAAGUACAAUUGCACAUUUUUAUUAGUUGCUUUGUAGAACAAUUUAACAGCAUAACUAUCUCGUAUUGUGUACCUUUCUUAAAUAAUUAAGGUACUUGCCUUAAUUUUAUGUCUUUUAUAUUUAUUUGGACCUUGAGGAAAUAUGAUUACAAUGUGUAGAUAGAGAGGUAUAUUUGAUCUAGACUGAAACCUUGUAAAAUGUAGAAUUCUGGCCUAUUGUGUUUAUAUUGACCAGCAGUUCCCUAGAUGCUCCUCCUAGGGGGGAAAUUCCAAACAUUUAUCCAAUUCUGUUUACGACUUGUUAUUGUAUAUCAUUUUAUCACUUUUUUGACAAAAUGUGCAUCAGAUGAUAUCUUGAAAUUCCAAAAAAUAAACCUGGAAAUCUUAAGUAAAAACAAAAUACUGGAAGAUGCACAGCAGUAUGGGCCACAUCUAAUGGAGAAGCAACAAUUAAAGUUUCAGUUUGAAGAACUGGAGUUCUAAUGGAGUUGGGAAGAAAAAAAAGCUUGUGCAGUGAGGAGAGGGGAAUGCCUCAGGAUAUAAUUGUGCUGAUGGGGGCGGGGAUAAGCUGUAAAGAUAAUCUGGCAAAUGAGUGAAGAGGAACAGUUGGAGACUGAGAACAUAAAGAAAUGUAGGAGUUUCAAAAUAUGGAGCUUGAAGUCAAGGCCACCAGUUAGACCAUCUUGGUCUCAUACAUGCUAAUUUAAUUACAAAAUAUGAACUUGGCUUCAUUGGUUUUGCUGCAGUAAAUUGGGAUCAUCUGAUUACUUGCUAUUCUAGCCAAAGUUUUUCUUUAUCAAAUAUAUAACAGAUCUUUUGGUUUUUCAGUGCCUCCAGUUCAUGUGAAAAGCUAUACACAGCCAAAGGUCAAUAUAGAUAAUGCACUAUGACGUUUAAUCUUUGACUGUUAGGUGAAGACAUAGGUAAGCUUUUUAUCCAGUGAUUUUUAUUUUUUGCAUUCACCAUCUGUUUAAUACCAUAGUUUUGAAAGCCAUAGUUUAUCCAUUAGUUAUUCUGUAUAGAGUGGAUUCUAUUUAAUUAGAAUUCAUUGGGACCUCUAUAUUUUGGUCCAAUUAAACAGCUGUCUCAAUUAGCCAAAGUUUCAUGGAAAUAGUGAAAAAGGUGUACGAGGCAAAAAAAAACAAGCUGCUGUUUAACUGAGUGAUUAUUUAUAUAUUUGAAUGAAACAUAGAACAAAUUAGAACACUACUAAUACUGUAGAACUAUUAGUUCCUAAUAAUCGUUGACAAAGAAAUUCAUCCAGUGUACACUGCUGUGUUCUUUAGAUUGACAGUAAAUGAACAAGAUCAGUGCGGAUAAUGGACUGCCUUCAUACAAUACUUUACAUUGCAUUCUCUAAAUCUUUAUUUUCGUUGUAACAUGCAACACAAUUCUUCAAAUUCUUCAUUAUUCUUGACUUGUUGAAUUGUGAAACAGUUUCCUUUUUUCCACCCCGGUCCUUAACUGGCAUCUCCUAGCCUGAAUGCUUGAAACCAUGAUGAGCAAAACUUCCAAACUAUCUUGCUGCUUAUUUCUCACCAACUAUCAGUAACAAAAAUCACUGCUUUUUGAACACAAACACACAAUGACCCUAUUUUUUUUUCUUUAAAACUGUUUGUUCUAAGUAUGGGGUAGUGUCUUAACACCCACACAAGUGCACAAGAUUGAUGUUAGUUAGAAGCUAUUUGUAAGAGUCUCCUGUCCCAAUUGACUGGCAUAGUGUCCCAAAUAAAAGAUUUCCUUGAUUAUUUUUUGUUCUUUAAGAGUUGUCCUAAUUGAGCAACAGCCCUGAUUAAUCAAUGGCUCAAUUAACUGGAAUCCAAUGAAUUUUAAAGAAGUCAGCUUCUGCCUCUAUUAAAUUUAUCAUUCAAAUUAUUCCACAUAAUGGCUGAACAUAGAAAGUAUAAUUGAGUGACAUUCCGUCUACUUUCCAACAAUUUAGUGAUUAAAUCAAAUUCAAAAACUUACUGUCAUGGUUUAAGUAACUCUUUUUCUACAUAUGAGCUAAACUCAAUCUAUAAGAAUCAGUUCGACCUCUCAACUCUUGAAUGUAUGAAUUAGUGAUAAGUGAAUCAGCUUCGCUAUUACCCUUGAAUGAAAUUUUUAAUUAGAUUUAUCUUAACAUAAGCUAUUCCUACAAUUCUUUGAAUGGACUUCAGCUACACCAUUUUGUUUUAAAUGGAGUGAAGCACCUCCUGAAGGGCUAGUAGAAAUUCCAGCUCAGUAGCAAAAAGAUUUGUCCUCACAUUCUCACCCUAACCUCAUACAUGUUAACAUUUGCAAAGGUUUGUUAUCCUUUCCAUUUUGUUUUACAUUUUGUCAUUUUUAUUGACAAUUAAAUGCACUUCACUGAAGUAAUGUAUCAGUAAGCUGAAUUUAUUUCUCCAAAAUACUCAGUGGUGACAGCUGUGGGUUAUUUUGGUUUUGUUUGAAAAUAAAGCCUUCAGGUGCAAAUACUGAUUUGAUGGGAAGCUAUUGGUCCAACAAUUGCAGGUUUCUGCUUUAAUGAAUCUGAUUUUUAAGUCACUGUACUCCCUGAUCAAUUCAUGGUGCAUGUAAUGGCAUUAAGGGCGUUUACUUUCAUUUAUCAUAAAAUGUCGAUUGGUUGUUUUCUUUCUAAAGUAAUAGUGUCUUAUACAUUAAGUUUCAUACCCGAGCACCUAGAAUCUUGCAAGUUGCUGGUUGUGAUCAUUGGUUGUUGCAUCCACGAAAUCAAAGUUGCAUAUCUAUGGUUUGAUUAUUUUAAAAUACAAUUCAGACAUAAUUGCUUAAAAUCUUGCAGCAGACUCUGGCAAUUUUAUUGAUCAAGUAAAUUAAAUAAAACAUUGUCUUUUCCAAAAAAAAUGACUUUUUCAUUUA